AUGGAUGAGAACCACCCCGUCGUUGUCAAGUUGCCUAUUGGCAAUAAGCCCCCUUCAGUCAACUUGGUUGACGAUGCGUCCCUCCUCGCGAAGAUUGAUCAACUGUUGGCCUGCAAUGCAGGUGAAUAUAUCGACCUGCACCAGCUUGUUCUUGUAGGGCAGCAAUUGAGCGGCAAGAGUUCAGUCUCCGAUCAUAUUCGAAGCGAGUUUCCCAAGAUCAAAGCAGAUAUCGAGAAGAAACUACAUGCUGCCGAGAAGGUGCUUCGUGUGCUGGGACCGAAACGUCAAAGUACGAAGGAGCAGAGACAGUUUUUGACCGACAUCGCAUCCGAAUUUCAGUAUCUCGCCAACUCUGCGUCUCGGGCUCAAUACGUUCUAUCAGACUUCUUUGACGAAGUUGCAAAUCGGCGCCUGGCAACUGUAGCUGUCAAUAGAGGCGAGAUAUUUGCCGAGAUGAUGGCCGACAUGGGACACGAAUUCAACUUUGUGGACGAGGAGACCGACGGAGAUGACAAAGACGAAGGUGAAGAAGACGAAGACUGCGACAGUUUGGAUGUGGACGGGUCUGUUACUCCCAGCUUCGGCGACGAGCCAUUGGUGACAGAGGAUGCAGACAUUUUUCGCUACGUCACAGAGGCAGAGCAUAUUACUUUUCCUCGGAGUGACGGCAUCCUUGAGUGGCUCACCGGCGUACACCGCAAGAACAGGGGCUUCGAGAUUGGGUCAUUUGAUGGCUCCCUUUUGACCAUGACAAUGCAGCGCCAGGCUGGGAAAUGGAGGGCUUUGUCUAAGGGCUACAUCAGUGAUAUGAUCGCGAUUGUUCACACCUUCAUUCUGGAUCUUCUAAACCAUAUUAUCUCGGAUAAGAAACUUCUGGGUAGCCUGGUUCCAGUUCUGUCGGAGCAUCUUCAAGCCAAGUACCUCCGGGCCAUGGAACAGGUGGACUUCCUACUCAGCAUCGAGCUGGAGGGGACGCUGGCCACGUACAACCAUGCAUUCACCGAGGUUCUGGGCAAAUGCCGCGCCGAGAGAGUGAAGAACGAACUCGAAUCUCGAACGAUCGUUACUAAAGACUAUGGACGCAUUGUCCGUCUGGAUGACAUUGUCCAAGCACACCAGCUGAGCAACGACGAGCAGGUCGUGCAAGAGAUGCAUGACAUUCUCAAGUCAUACUACGAGCUUGCCCGCAAGCGCUUUGUGGACAAUGUGCGCAUGCAGGCUGCUGACCACUUUCUGGUGACGGGACCAAACACGCCUCUGAAGCUCUUUUCACCCCAGUUUGUAUCAGGUUUGGCCUCUGCGCAGCUUGAUGAGGUUGUGGGUGAGGACCAAGAUGCGAAGAAGCAGAGAGCUAAGCUGGAGAAGGAGAUCGGUUUGCUCAAGGAGUGCAUGGUAAUCCUUCACUGA